AUGUAAUAAGAGGAUUAGGAAAAGAUUAAUCUGAUUAGUGAAUUAAAUCUGCAUAAAUAAUAGGUGGAGGAAUAUAAGUCUAAAUACUUUUAAGCAUAAAAGGAAAUUGAAAAUAAGAACAAAGAAAUCGAAGGGUAUGAAUUAGAUAUAUUAACAAUAGUUUGAGAUAAAUGAUGUAAAUGACCUAAUCUAUAAGAGGAUCUGAUGGUAGAUAAUCAGAGGAUUUGAGAAGAAAUUUGUAAGUUUUGAUGUCAGAGAAUCAAAGUUUGAAAUAGUAGAAUCAGGAAUUGUAAAAUUAAUUGCAACAAUUUAAUUAGCAAAUGCAAUAUCAGCCUUAAUAAUAAUAAUAAAUUCAAUUAUAACAAGAAAUAAAUAGAUUAAAUAAUGAUAAGAUGUUAAUUUAAGGUAAUUUAGAUAUUUUAUAAUAACAAUUUGAUGCUAAAACUAAAGAUUUUGAUUAAUUAAAGGUUAGAUUAUAAGCAAUAGAUUUUAUACAAAAUUUACCUUAAGGUUAAGAAGCAAAUAAAAUAUUAGUAAUGGGUAAAGAAAUUUAGAGAUUGAAUUCAUAAUUAAUAUAAAGAGAUUAAGAACUUGAAAAUUUGAGAUCAUAAUUACUUGAAUAAUAGAAGGGUCUUUAAGAAAGAGAUAAUUUAUCAGCUUAAUUGAGAUCAUAUGAAGAUAAAGUAAGAGGAUUAUCAACUGAUAUUGAAAGUAUGUUAAUAUAAGUGGGAGGUUUGAAAUAUGAUGUAUAAUUAAAGAAUGAUUUGGAGAGAUGUAAAUAAUAGAAGUUAGAACUUGAAAGAGAAUUAGUGUUAUGGAAAGAUAAACAUACAAAAUUAGAAAAUGAUUCUAAACAUCUUUAUGAAAUAGAAAGAAAGACUGAAGAUUUAUAAAAUAGAUUAAUAAGAACAAAUGAAGAAAAUGAGAGAUUAGAAUAAGAGAAUAGGGGAAUAUAAUUGAAAUUGUAAGCAUUUGAUAGAUUACUAAAAGAUAAAGAAUAAUUGGAGAGAAAAAUAUAAGAUUAAGAAUCAACAAUUUAUAAUAUGGAAUAAUAAUUGAAUGAGAAAAGAAGAGAAAUGGAGUAAUUAAAAAUAAGGAAUAGAGAUUUAGAAUAAGAUUUUAUAAAUUUUAAAGAGAAUAUAUUUAGACCUAAUGAAGAGAGAUAAAAGAGAUUGGAAAUAGAAAUUGAAAAUUGGAGAAAUAAAUGUUUGGCUUUAGAAAGUAAUUUUUUUGGAAAUAAUGAAAGAUUAUAUGUGGAAAAUGAAUUAAAGAGAUUACAUGGAAUAGUAAUUUAAUUAUAAUAAGAAAAUGAUGAAUUGAAAAGUAGACCUAGAAGAAAUUAAAAUAAUUAUGGUGAUGAAUAAAGAUUAAAAAUAUUAUUUGCAGAAAGAGAAAAAUUAUAUAUAGAACUUGAAGAAGCAAGAAGAAGAAUUGCAUAAUUAGAAAGAUAACCAUAAAUUUAAUAAUAAUAAUAAUAAUAACCUUUCUAAUAUUUUGAUGUAAGUGAUAGUGAUAAAGAUUAAUAGAUUUAAGAACUUAAAUAAGGAAUUAAUUUAUUAAUAGAUGAAAAUAAAUAAUUAAAAUCAGAAAUAGAUAAAUAAUAUUUAUAAAUUGAAUAAUUAGAAAUUGAUAAAAAUUAUAUUAAAACAAAAUAAAUUGCUCCAAAAGAAACUGUACUUGAAAUGUUAUCUAAAUAACCUGAUUUACAUAAAAGUGUUUUAGAACAAUUAGCUAGAAGAUUAUAUGCUGAUCUUAAAGCUAAAGAUUAAAUUAUAGAAUAGAUGAAUCAAAAUUUAUCAGUAAGUUAAUAAUUAUAAUAUGAAAAAAAGAUUUAAGAUCUAGAAGGUUAGAUUUAAACACUUAUUAAUAAUUAAAAAUAAUAGUUAUCUAUUUCAUAAAAUAAUAAUUUAUUAUUAUAAUAACCAGAAUAAUAAUCUUUGAAUAAUUCAAGACUUUCUAGUCCUAAUAAAAAGAAAAUAUUUGAUUAAAUAGAUUUUGAGAAAAUUAUUGAAGAGAAUUAACAAUUAAAAAAUGAGAUUAAGGAAUUAAAAUAAUAAAGAGAUUAUGAAUUUGUAGAUUUAUUAGAAUAAAAAGAUAAAGAAUUAGAAUUAAUUAAACUUAAAUUUAAUUAAAUUUAAAAUAAUUCACAUGAUCUUAAUGUUGAUGAUUUAAAAAAAUUGAGAGAUGUAUUAGAAUAGAAAGCUUAUGAGGCUUAAGAAUGGAAAGAUAAAAUGGCAGCACUAUAGAUGUAAGUAAGAAAUAAAGAAAAUUAAAAUUAUAAUAGACCAUUUAGUUAAAAUAUUUUAGAAUAAGAAUAUAAGAGAUUGAGUUAAUUAUAUGAAUUGAAAUCAUUAGAAGUUGAAGAUUUAAAGGCUAAAUAUGGAGUUAAUGGUUAAUUGAUUAUAAGUGAAAAUUUAUAAAGUUAAAAUUUGGAUGUCAUUAAAUUAAAACGAAUUUUAGAAAUGAGAACUGCUGAAUUAGAAGAAUGGAAAAAUAAAUGUUUGAAAUUGUAACAAUAUUAAAUUUAAUUAUAAAAUCAAAAUUAAGGUAAUAAUGGUAUAUCUGAUAUGGAAGAACAUAUACGUAAACUUAAACUUACACAUGAUUAUAAAACAAAGGAAGCUGAAGAUUGGAGAUAGAGAUACAAUUAAUUACUUAAAAAUUAAGAUCCUAAAUCAGGAAAAGCUAUUGAUGAAAUGUAGACAGAAUUAAUUAAGUUAAAAAGAAUUCAUGAUGCUAAACAUUAAGAAUUAUAAGAAAUGUAACCCAGAUUUUAAAGAAUGUAAUAAGAAAAGGAUGUAUUAGAAAAUGAAUUAAGAAGACUUAAAUAUUCAUUAGAAUAAUAAAUUACAGAUAAUGAAAUGUUGAAAAAGAAAUUAGGAAUCAGCACUGGAGGUAAUAUGAAUAAUUUAUCAAAUGAUAAAAUUGUAAGAGAAUAAUAAUUAAAAAUUUAAUAAUUAUAGUAAUAAUUAUAAUAAUAUUAAAAUCAAAUGAACGAUUUCAGUCAAGAACACAAUAAAUUAAAAUAAACACAUUAAUUAAAAUAAGAUUAAAUUAAAUCUAUUGCUUUGAAUAUUGAUACAAAAGAAUAGUAAAUGAGAUAAUUAUUAGAAGAAAAUUAAAAAUUAAAAAGUCUAUUAGAAUAAAGAACUAAAGAUAUAGAAGAACUAAAACUUUAAUUAUAAAAAGCAUCAUAAAUGUUAUAAUAAACAUCUAGAGUAAAUAAAUUAUUAUAAUUUUUUAGGAAUAUUAAGAAUAUAGAAAAUCAACUUAAUCUGUUGAGAGUUAUAAAGCAUAAUUGGCUAUUAUGUAAAAUAAAGUUUAAGAAUCUGAAAAAAGAGUAUAAUAGAUAUAGGGAGAUAUGUAAAAGUUAUAAAAUGUUCUAAGAGAUAAAGCAUCCGAAAAUGAAAAACUGAAAGGUAUUUUGAAUAAUUCUAAAUAAAGAAAAUUUAAAUAAGGUGAAUCAAUAUUAAAAUGAAAAGAAUAUAGUAUUGCAAUAAUUGCAAUAAGCCAAGACUACAUUAUAAGAGAAAUAAAAAGAGAAUGAAAAGUUUAAAUAGUAGUAUUCAACAUUGUUAUAAUAACAUUAAAAAUUAUAGACUUAAUAGGCAGAAACUAAAAGUUAGUUGGAUAAACUAAGAUCUGUUUUAGGAAAUUUUGGAAAAUGA